UCAAAGCAGCUGAUAACUUCUCGUUGAGGCCAAUGUAGUAGCCUUAGUUGUCGGUUCGUGAAUAAAUAAUGCAAAUAACUUGGUGCUUUACAUGUAGACAAUUUUUUCAUUAUUGUUAUUUUCCAGUGGUUACCAUGUACAUUUUUAUUCUAUAAUCAAACUUAGAUUCAAACAUUUCUUACAAAGAAAUUGAAUGUCAACUUUGAAUAUUAACAUUUGACUUAUAUAUAUGUAGUGACGUCAUUCUUCAUUAUGGCGAGUAAAUAUUGCAUUGAGGGUGCCGAGAGUGAGUCCAUGACUGAAGAAGAACCGGCCCAUCAUGCCAGGAGGCCAAUGAACGCAUUUUUGAUAUUUUGCAAAAGGCACCGAGCAGUAGUACGUAAGAGAUAUCCACAUCUAGAGAAUCGUUCCGUUACCAAAAUACUUGGAGAAUGGUGGGCCAACAUAGAACCUGCAGAAAAAGCAUCGUACACUGAGCUCGCCAAGCAAUACAAAGAGGCUUUUUUGAGGGCUCACCCAGAUUUCAAAUGGUAUAAGUUACCAGCACCACCACUCCGAACUCUCAUCACACGACCAACUAACCAGAAGUUGCCCAAGUUGUCCUGUCACGUAUCUUGUGGACCAAUCACUCCUGGGAAACUUGCAGAUGAGUCACAGCUAGGGGGACUGUGUAGCCUGUUAUCUGGCUCUGUAAGCUCUAAUCCCUCGCCUGUGUCGCUGUGUGUGCCCAAGCCUCCAAAGAAGCGUUACCUUGAGGAAAACUACUUGGACACUGGACAGAAAUAUGAUGGCUGCCUUCAUUAUGAGGGUAUGAACCCCAAUAAUGCACUAGUCAAAGAAAAUAUUGAAGAAAAUGAACAUGACAAGAGUGAAAUCAGUUCCAUUUGGAAUGUAAGUUUUAACAAUACAGAUGUUGAGUUAGAAACUCAAGGCAGUGUUAAUGUGCUGAGUCAGAGCUUUGUGGAGAGUUCAACAUGUUCUUCGCUUACAUCAGAUGUGAGCUCUGAUUCUGUAACUCGUGGGUCAACAAUUGAUAAUAUUUUAGAUACCAAAGAAAACUCCCCACUUAUCAAUGAAGUUUCCACGACAAACCCGGAAUUGCAGACAUGGAGAAGUACGAUGGUCAGAACAUCUCAGCAGCAAAUAAUCGAUCAUGUUGUUGAUCAGAUGUGUUUUACUGGUCCGAAAAUCAGCUCCAACUGGAUCAGCAGUGAAGAGAUGCCAUUCCAUUUGGAACCAAUGAACAAUAACGUUUACAAGUGUUUUGAUUAUGCCAAUCAAACCCCUACCUGCUGUAACUCCUCAGAUACCACUAAGUCGUUAGUACAUAACUUAAAAUCUAGUCAAGAUCAGGGUUUUACUGAAUUUCUUCUGAACCAAAGCAACACGAGUCCAGUAGCAGUACAAGAAAACAAUAAUACGCUUACAGAUGAAAAUGAGUUUAUAAUUGUAAAUAAUACUGAGUCUAUCAGCAUCGGAACAUCAUCACAAGAGAAUGUUGAGGCAGAUUAUAUCUCGAGCACACCAAUUCUAGUUGAAGUCAAUACAGGUUCUGUUGAUAGAGAGUCUGUGCCUGUGUUCGAAAAUGAAAACUGUAACAUAAAUGUUUUGGAAUCUGAUAAUGACAAAUGUCAAUCAUCUACAAUAGCAAUUGAAAAUGUUACUGACAAUUCUGUGGAAUUCCAAAAAUGUAUCCAAGAUGUCACGGACGAUAUGAAUACAGAAAAUAAUAAUGUAGAGGAAAGACUGAAACAAGAAGUAUCACUAACUGAUACAAAACCUGUUCGAGCUUGUAAAGGUGUUCGUUAUCGGGAAUUCAUGUCAACUAGUCAGCUGGGAAAACGGAGAGGCAGACAAAAACAGAGAUUGUUUGGAUUCCAUUACCUGGGCCAAAGAAGGUCUAAAACUGAAAAUGCCAGUACUUGUAAACCAUCUUCCAAAGUGAACAGUGUUGUUCUUAUGGGAACUGAUGAAAGGGAACUAAUCAAUGAUAACCAGCAUCCAUUACAAACAACUGAUGGUUACGUUUUCCGAUAUAAAUCCAAGAAAAAAAUCAAAUCAUUGAAACCAGCACAAGUAUCAAAUGAAGAUUUUGAUGAUGAAAUUGAAGAUAAUGGUAUUAAUCAGAAGAAAAAGUUUAAAGCCAAUGAUUUCAAUUUGGAAGAAAAAAUAGAAGCUCUUCCUCCUCUAAGCCUUGAGGAUUUUCAACUAAAGAAACGAGCGAGGAAAAAGAGGAAUUCUUCAAGCAGCCCAGUGAAUAUUCCCAGAAGAUUUGAAACCAAUGAUUCUGAACAAAAUGGAUCUGAAAAUGUAAAGACUGAACAUGACUCACAGACUGUAGAACUAGACGACCAUGCUCUCGGUGGUAGCAGCAUCGAGAACAGACUGGAACACGGUCCCUGUCAGACAUCUCAUCAGAACUCAAAACCUCUCAAUAUAUCGUCCAGAGUAUAUCAAGUGAAACAUUUCUCCCAAGUAAGGAACAAGAUGUUUUAUGAGAGGGCUCAACAAAACAAUUUCACGUCAACUCAAAACUCAUAUUUUUACCAUGAACCCAUAAGACAAGACCUGAUAUCAUCACACCUUGAAGCAGACACCUCUCAUGAGACUGCACAAAGUACUAUUUCUAGUGUUCCUGAUGAUCCGUCUCUACUAUUUACGACACCAGUGCCUCAAGUUCAGCAGAAAACUAGCAGUAGUUUGAUAGGUAGUCGCAAGCGGAAAGCUCGUAAACAAAACAUCACAAGGCUUGAACCUGGAUCCAAUAAAAAAGAUACAUCCGUGGUGGAAGUGACAGUGUUGAAUCACAUGCGGCUGACAACUCUGGCAGACGUUGCAGUCGCUUCAUGUCCUAAUACUUCUGGUGCUAAAGCUGUGGACCAAUCAGUAUUGAUUACUAUUAGUGAUAAUAUUGUUCAGGAGCAAUGUGUAAAAGGAAAAACAGAGUUCAAAUAAGCUAAUAUCCAUACAAGUAAUAUAAUUACUAUAUACAAAACCAAUGUUUGGAAAUAUUCCGAUAGCUUAAAUACUUCACCUGAAUAGUUUGGUUAUGAUUAGAUUCUUACCAUAAUAUAACACUUUGAAUUAUUUAUAAAACUGAGUAGUAACUUAGUGCAAAUUGUAAAUAAUGUGAUGUAAAUUAAGUACUGUCAUGUACAAAGUUUAUCAGGAGUUGAGGAUUUUGAAGUCACCUUCUGCACAUGAUUGGAAUAUUUUUAUAGUACUGUUUAGAAUGAAAAUAGGACUUUGAUUUUCCUUGAUCAGAUGCUUUUACUUACUUUAAUAACUUACUUUAUGCAUGAUUUUGAUCUGUCACAACAAUAAAUUCAACCAUAAAUUAGAACCAUAACAGUUAACUGUGGUGGUUACAAGUACUGUUCCUAUAUAAAUAAAUAAUUUAUUUACUAUGUGAAUCUAGUUCCAACUGUUAUACUGUGACCUGAAUCCAGUAUCAGAAUGUAAAUUUUAAAAUAUUUUGAAACAAAAUGUUGUUUUUAACUCUGAUUAAAGCACUAUAGUUGAAUGUUUAUGAGAAGAAUACGCAAACAUGUGUUUCCCUGAGCUACAACAACAAUGUACUACAGCUAUCAUCUAAACCUGUUUAUAAAACAUUGCUGAUACCCAAGACAUAGAUUAUUCAUUAAUUUUGGAGUACGAAAUCGAUAUUUCACUCAUAUUCCACCAAUUAUUGUACAAUAAAAAAAUAAAGACGUGUUUUUAUAAUAUUAUCUAACACCUAAAAAAACAUGAGUUACAAUAAAAUAUUGUAAUAUUUAUAGAUUUUAUCAAGCACAAAGUUGAUCAAUGAGUUAUACAUUUUUAUUUUGUCAUCUUUUUAUACUCAGUAGCCUAUCACAAUGUGGGUUACACGUGCCUUCAUGCAAUACUGUUUUUACUUGGGUUUAAUGAGUAUACAUACUUAACAUUUGUAUGCAUAGAAUAAUCCACUACAAUAUUUUUAUCUGCUUUUGAAACUCUUAUAUUAUUAGAAUUCUAUUCAUUUAUAGUUUAUAAUUUAAAAUAUCAGUGCCUACGUAAAGUAAAUUAUUGGAUUAUUCCAGUAAAGUUAUAAUCAAAGGAAUUGUUUGUUGUGAUAAAGUAAUGAUUCAGUUGUAAAAUUAAUUCUUAGAAAUCAUAAAUAUUUUAAGGGUUUUAUAUAAAAACUAAUAUUAAGUUUUCAAAAUUUACAAAGUAUGUUACAUUUAUGUAUUAAAUUUUAUCAAUAGAUCAUAAACACUAUGUAAGUUUUGAUAAAAUGUUUUCCUAAUGUUUGUUCUAUCUGUUAUAUAUCCUUGAUUUCAAAUGCCAACAAAAUUAAUAUUUUUAUUAGAAGCCCAGGAGUUAAACAAGAAUAAAAUUCAUUUUGAUUUUGUCCAUCUGCAUGAACAGUAAAACCAAAUUAAGUACAGGGAAUAUUAUGACAGUUGUUUUAUUACUAGGGUAUAAACACUUCUUUAUAAAUAAUAUAAUAUGACUGUAUUAACAAAAAAUACAUUAUAUACAGGCAGUAAUGAGUGAAUAUUUUCCUAAAUUAAGCAGUCCAUUGUUAGAAGAUUUGAACGUUUAGCAGAUAAAAUUAUAACUUUAACAGUGACAAGAAGUCUGCAAGCAUUAUUGCAUCAGCAUUAUUUAUGUAAUUACUAAAUUUAUUGAAUCAUUUGUCACAUAAAGACUAUAAUAAAGCCAUUGUCACUAGGCCUUGACAGGAUUGGCCCCACCAGUUGAAAGGUCAAAUUUUGAUGAUCCCACAUAGUCUGCAGAAUACUUGUCAAGUAUUUUACGACGAAUUAUUUGCAUAUUUCAAAAUAUUGGCAGCGGAGUUUGUGAAUUUCGUGAAAUAGGCAAGGCAGUAAUCAACCAACUUUUUGUCAACUCGUCAAGCACGAUAAGUACUCAUAGUGGUUAGAUGAGUAACAUAUUUUUUUUAAUUAGCGGCAAAGUUGUGUGAAUUCAAUAGUUAAUUUUCUAAAAUAGAUAAGAUAAUUACAUAAAUUCAUUCGAUUGGUUCAUGAAUUUGGCACAGAGGCUGCUAAUAAUGUAACAUCAAUUACCAGUUGCUAGAUUUGUCCAGUCAUGAUACUAAAAAGUGGAUAUUAUUAUUAGAGUAUCAAAAUCACUCUAAUUGUUGCUAUAGUUUAACUCCUUGCUUGUUUAAAUUUGGUUGAAGUGAUUAAAAAGGGCUUAUUUUUAUUUGGAAACAUUGUUUAUGACUUGUAGUAAAUGGUCAAAAAUGUAAUUAGUAUCUAUGACUUUAUUUUCAAUUUAAGUCCAGUUAUACCUAACAUUGUUAACCUUAAUAUUUUUUAAACUUAACAUUUGCAAAAGGUAGAAUGGUUUUAAAUUAUUUGGAAUUUCUCAGCCAGGUGGUCUCAGGAACUCAGCUUAAUUUGAUAACAAGUUCUUGUGUUAUGUAUCCAAUCUAGUACACAGUUAUUCUGUUAUUUGCCAUCCACAAAUAUUUAAGAUGGGUUAUUGCAGAUUAUUUAUCCUGAAUACACCAUUGUUUGUAUUCAUUUACAAAUACUGAUUACAGAUGUCUGAAAUAAUAUUUACAGGUAAAUAUAAUGAAAGUGUUUCUUUGUGAAGGGAAUUCAUCUAUAAGUAGAUCUAAAUUUUGCUUUGUCACCUUGGAUUAUCAGUUUUUCUUUCCCUUCUCUUUUUUUUCUUCCCAAAACUAUCAGUAUACCUUGCAUUUUUCACAUACAUAAUAUCUGAGUGUCCUUGUUUUGAGUUUUACAAUAUAAGUGUAGAUCAAAGUUAUAAACUACUUCUGGUAAAUUAUGAUGGCUCCAUAGUUAAAGAAAAAACAUGUUUCACAAGGGUUGGAUGUACAUCAUUGAAUCCAUUAUGAAGUCCAUGUACAAGAUCAUGGAAUCUGUAAAUUCAAAGAUUUUCAUACUUAUAUUGUUGUUUCCCUUAUUUACUCACACAACUUAUUUUAAACUUACAUUUUAUUAGUUUGUAAAAUAAUAUUACUAUCACAACACGCUCUUACCUUGAAGGCGGACUGUCUGGUCACUUGUAUCAUUUCUUUCAAUAAUUGCUCUCUUUAUCAUUUACUAUUCGACUUCUUUAACUGACCAGUCACAGCAUCCAUGCAUGUGACUCGUUCAUGUAUAAUUUAUCUAUUUUUUCAGCAGAUACACGGUUUAAUUUUGUCAAAUGCCCUUUUUUGUUUAUUCUACCCUUAAAACACCAUACACUGUUCUUACAGGUGAUAUCUCAAAAAAUUCAUUUUACCAUUUAUUACUUUGCGUUAAUUUUGUAGCAACUUACAAGCCUAGUAAUAUUGAAGUACUAAUAACUCUAAGAGAAGUAGCUUAUUUCUAAAUCUAUUUCCAAAUAAUAUUAGUAUUCCAGUGAUAAUCUUAGCAACUUCAAGUUACUAAAUGUUAAAUUUUUGUUACCAUGGUUAAGUUUUUCAAAUUUUGAUAAAUUAUAAUUUAGAUUGUUACAUGUUUAUAUAAAUGGUUAUUUAUUUUCUUUUGUUAAAAAUAUAUUUUGUGAAAAUGAAUAAUGUAAUGUAAGGUGCAUAUGUAUAUAACUACAAUUAAUUAUGAGUCUAGAUUAUAUUUAUAUUUAUGUCUUAAAAUAAGAGAUAUUAUUUAAAUUUAUUACACUCUUUAUAUUGAGUAAAUUAUUAAGUUUGAUCAAUAAUUAAACUUGUGAAGAGCACUUAUAUUUUCUAAUUCGUGUUUAUAUUCAUUAUAGGACAAAUGUCUAUACAAGCAGUAUAUUACUUAGGAUAGUAAUUAAAUGAUUUGUGGGAGAAUAGAUUUAUCUCUUUUUGUUGGGUUUGUAUUUCUCAGCCGGUUGUAUAGUUGUAAAGAGUGGGAAUAAAGUAACAACCCUUCGCUCUUAAUUUUUAAAACAAUAAACAUUGUAUCUAAAGCUUGAGGACUGUCCAUUAGUCUACUUGGUUUGUUUUUAAGCAUUUUUUAUUUUACCUUUUUCCAAAUUGUUGGGUACAGAGGUCAACUAUACAUUUUCAGACAACAAACCCCAUAUUGUUUGUAACACAUCAUAUAUAAUAGAAAAACAAAACAAAUUAAACAUUCUUUUAACAAAAAGCUUUUGUAUUGUCCCUAUACGAAAUGGUGGUCAAUUAAAAAUGAGGAAGUUGAACGUUUUGUAAGCAUAAAAACUAUGAUGAAUAAUGGAAUAAUGAAAAUGAAUAUAAAAAGUAUCAGUAUAUUUUCAUAAAGCAGUUUGAAGUAUAUUUUGUUUUUAUCCCUUAAUCGUAUACAAAAUAGUAACGUCUGUCUUUUUAAUUCGUCACAAAAAAAUAACAUAAAAAUUUUAAUUCACUUUUUACAAAAAUGUUUUAUGUUAAUAAAAGAAUUUUUACAUUAAUUACAGUGGUAAAGAUUUUAAAAAUGUAUACUAAUCAAAUAAUUAAGUGUAAUAAUAUUUAAAAAAAUAAAGCCUAAGUUUUAUUGUUGCAAGCUAGUCUAUAUUAUAGUUCGCCAAAGUAAUCUGAUGUUUGUUUCAAGUCAGAAACAAGUUGUUAAUUGGUUGGUGUAGCAGAAUGAGCACAGUGAUGUCUCUGGUGCAGGAUUGGACUACUGUUUAAUGGGCAAAAAUUAGCAAGGGUAUAAUAGAUGAGCUGAUCAAAUCUAGGUCUUACCUAAUGUGUGUAAUAUUAAUACAAACCUUAAGUAGAAUGUGUUGUGCUCAUCUCCAAGUUGUUACUGUAACCCAAAUACACAUAUAGACAGGCCAAAAGAUAUCCAUAGCUAAACUCAAAAUAUGAAAUUUCUAGUUUUUGCCAUUCGUACAGGAAUGAGGUCUAAGUUUUGCUGUAAACUUUAUUGCAUUUAGUUUAUUUAUGAUAUUUUUAUGUGGUCCAAGAUUGGGGCUACUGUUUGACAGUAUUUAGUUCUCUCCUAACUACCCAUUCUGGGUAAAGGGACAAAAUAAAACAUACCACAAACAAUAUCAAACUUCAGGAAGUCUAAUGAAAAUUCAAGCUUUUAGUUUUAUUGUUAUUAUUAAAAACAUCAAAGAAAGAGAAGGGAUUACUUUAUUCAGACCCUUGUACACUUUUUGUUAUUGGUAUAUUGGUAUAGCUAGAAAAUUCUUUAAAGCAUUUAUAUUAGGAAUGGAACAGUUUCAAUUCUGGAUUUCACCAGGACUCAAGUGGUACUGUGAAUAUUGUUAACUCCCAUUCUGAAUGUGCAUUGUGAAUUGAUGUGACUUAUCGAAGUUCUGUUUCUAUACAGCAUAAGUUAGAAAUUCAUUUGAAAAUAUUGGAUGCAAAUGAUUUAAUAAGGUAUGAUACUUAUCAAUAUCAGAAAGUAUUGAAUGUAGCAGCUUUCCAGCAAAGAUUUUUAAUACCGAUCCAAAAACUAAGUACCCAGUUGAAUUUAAAUCGUAAAAGUAUACAUAUCCAUUCAUUAAAUUUGUAUACAUGGCAAUAGCUGAAAUUAAUUUCAAUAAACAUUGAAUCACAAAAAUCCUGUCGGUGCAAGUACUUUUUGUGAUUCAGUGUUUAUUGAAAAUGUGUGUAUAUAUAUAUAUAUAUAUAUAUAUAUAUAUAUAUAUAUAUAUGUGUGUAUAUGUAUGUAUGUAUAUGUAAAUGUAAUCAAUGUGUGACACAAAUACAGGUGUGCACUGAGAAGUAGAGUUAGUGGAACAGGAAUCAGGCAAAAGUAAAAUUUAAUGCCAGAAUUUGGAGCAUCCAUAUAUAGUCAAUAGUACUUUGAAAAUUAAUAAUUAUACUAGAAUCAAUCAGUUUCAAACCAGUCCAGUACCACACUGAAGACUGGACUGAAAGGAAUUGAAUUAUGAUUUAAAAAAGAGGAACUAGUCCAUCCCUAAUUGAAUCGUUUAGUAAGUAAAUAGUUUGCGAGUGAUGUAUUGUAUUGUGUUGUUGUUAAUAUUGGGAACACUGUUGAUAGUAAGGCUGUGAAGAGGGUCCUGAAGUAGAUUAGUGAAUGGGAAUAAUACUUACAUUUUCUACUAAAUAUCAUAGUUCUAUAUAGUAAUAACUUUGCAAUCAACUAAAUACAAGGGGUCGUGUGCCUUUAUUUUAAAUGAGACUUGAUAAAUAACACUGUUUCGACUUCCAAGAAGUACAUUCUAUUUAUGGUAAGCUGGAUCAUUUUGGGAUUUUGAAUUUUAAAAAUUCUUGACUUUUGAUUUGAAAUCGUUAGUAAACCAGUAAACAGGGCAUGUAGUUAAAGUAGUUUACCGUAAAUAAAUUUUAAGUAGAUUCAAUUAACGGGAAAACAGCUCUGUACAUUUUGUUAACUAUAUGAUAUUUAUAUUGUCUAGGUCAUUAAAAUAAUCGUUUAUACAUGCUUAAUUUUCUAUGAAUGUAAUCUUUUUGUAUUAUUACAUACAAAUAACUGUGAAAUCAUCAUUUUCCAUUUGAUUUGUUUGCUGUGUGAAUGAUGGAAUUUGUUGACAGUAAAACAUUAAAUAUUGUCAUACAGUCAUUUCACAUUUAAUUAUUUUUUCUGACAAAUUAUAUUUAAAGUUUAAAAGAAGGUUAUAUUAUAUUAGUUUCAAGUUCAGAUUAUACAUACAAAAGUAAAUUUACACUUUAGAAAGGUACAAAAUUCACAUUAAAUUGUUGAUGUAUGCUAUUUAUGAGGUUUUUAGAUGCAAGGAAUAUAAACAUUUCUUUUGGGAUAAGAACUGAUUAUAGAGUUUAAGCCAUUAUAAUGUGUAUGGUAUAGUGGGUGAACAAAAUGAUUAUAAAUUCUGCUUAACUGUGUAAUACAAAAUAUUAGCAUUGUUUUUUAUUAGCAUAUAAGACAUGAUGACGAGGUCAAUUAAUUACACUUUGGAUUAACUGUACGAAAAGUGGUCUUUGGACUUGUCCUAAUUAUGGCUUCAAUUUCUUGUGAAAGGUAAAGAUUAAUAAGAACUUAUGUUCAUCUAGACAGACAAGGCCUUUUAAAAACCUUCUAUUGAAUGACAAAGUGUAAACUAAAGAAAUGAUGACUUUUAUAUGUGUACAUGGAAAAAAUAAAUGUGUGAUCUGAGCCAUUUUUUUCAUAUCACAUGAAAUGUUAGAUUAGUUAAACUAAUUUAUCGUUUGAUCUAUCAUACUUUGAAUCUACAAAGUGUGAAAGUGAAUGUAGUUAUUAUGUUCUGGACACUUUAUUUUGUUAUAAUCACUUUUUGUGUUAAAACUAUAUAAAUAAAAAUUUAAUGUCAUUGAUGUUUUUGAAGUUGUUGUUGUUGAGCAAGAUUUAUAUUUGUAGUGUAACAUUGUGCUUUAAAGAAAAAAGAAAGAAAAGUUCAGUAUUUUCUGUAAAUUUUCUCUCCUCUCAUGUAAAAUGUGAUUAAUUUUUUAAAUUAAAAGCAUUUUCUUUGUUGGCUUUUUUAUAAUUUUAUUAAUUAUUACAUAUGCUUUUUAUAUAUUGGUUGUAUAUUAUUUAUCUAUAUUUGUUAUUACUGAGAAGAUAUGCAGGGUGAUUGUUAAACUGUAAAUAAACAGAUUUACAGAGUCACCAUUGGGAUUUUGUAAACAUUGAAGACAUAAACAAUCUUUGAACUAGAAAUCUUAUUUUAACACUGAGGUGUUUCAACAUGACUGUUAAAAUUUUUAAAUAUUCCUGGUACAAUAUUCUAGUAGGUAAUAUUUUAAAAAUUUAAAAUUCAAAUAAAGAUUUUCUUUAAAAAUUGCAUUUUUGUAUAUAUUGAAAGAUACUACGAAAGGUGAAAUAGGCUGUGUCCAAAAUCAUGUAUAUUCUGAAAUUCUGCCCAGGCCUCAUUCCAUAUGAGUAGUUAAAACUAUUACACUGUGUACUCACUUAUUAAUCAUUAUUAAUCUGUUAGCCCUCUCGGGCAUUUAAUAAAUAAAUCUAAAUUUUGAAUUUUGUGAAAUGAGAUAAAAAAAGGCCUGAUUCAUUACAUACAUGGUAACAUGUUCUAUUAUCAGAAUUAAUUAUGCAAAUUAAUUAAAAAUAUUGUAUAAAAUAGUUUGAUAUGUAUGUUUUGUUUUAUGAUUACUUUUUUUAUCGGUCGUAAUCAAAACUUGCAAUGCCAUUUCGAAUGAAAUGGAAAUGGUCUGAUGUAUGUUAUUUUUUUCUUCAGGUACACAAAUAAUAAAGAUAAAUUAUGUGACAUUAAAAUCCAACUCAGUUUUUAAUGAUUUUGUAUUCCUGGCCAUCCUAAAUGCAAUGAAAAACAGAAAUGCUGAGUGUUUAAGCUCUAAUAAAUAAAGCAAUAUCAAAAAUAAAAAUAUUAUAUUUAUUAUUAUAAUUUGGAUUUUAAAUUAGUCUUGUCAAAAUGUAGCAGGAACAUUUUACAAUUUGUUCAGUCUCAUAUAGAUUGUAAAAUCACAAUGGUGGACCAAACUUUUCAUACACAUAAGAUGUCUCGUCAGUGGAGAUCGAAUAUUUAGAAGUAAUCCAAGAAGUCAUUUCAAUAAAAACCUCACAUAUGGUUAUACAAUUGUUGAUAGUUUAAAAAUAUCUGUUAUGUCAUCAAUUAUGUUUUAAUGUUGAUGCACUAAAUCUUCUCAAAGAGUGAAUACAUACAGUAGUCAGACAAUUCAAAUAUUUUCCUAAUUGUUACAAAACAUUUUAUUUUAAAGUCUUACCUAUUCUGUCAAGUUUUCCCCAGAUUAAAUAUGAAAUUUUAUGUGAUUUAAUUUUAGUUUUAAAUUAUUUAAUAUAGAUUUCUUUUAAAGUGAUCCUUCAUUUUUAAAAUUUGUAAUUUAAUUUAUAUUAUAACACAUUAAUACAGUUCUGAACUUCAUGAACAUUUGUAUAGUAGUUGAAAAUGUUACUUUAAGAAAGUUGCAAGUGAACAAAAAUGUUGCUAUUCUGACUAUGGAAAUUAAGCAUGCAGUAGUAGUCCUCAAAGAAAUAUGUUGAUGUGGUUUUCACAGCAAUAUUGUGUUUUAGGGGUCAGUUUAAAAUGCCACAUUGACAUAUCUCAAGUACAUUUUUAAUGAAGACAAUAAAAAAGCAGUACUACGUAACAGGUAUUUUUAUGAUAAAGAAACUAGAGAUGUAGAUUUUGUAAAAUACCAAAAUAAUAACAAACCAAUUGGAUCAUGUAGGUUUUUCUUAUUGAGAAUAAACACUUGGGUUUUUUUGCACUUCUAGGAUACUACUAAAUAUACCUGACAUGUUUUAAUGUAAUUAUAUCCCAUGUUUGUAACUAAGUUAUCCUAUCCUAUAAAUUAUAAAAAGAAUAAAAAUAGUAACCACAUAUUAUAAAAUAUUUGAAUAAAUUACAAAUCUUUUAACAAACUUUUGUAUUUUAAAACGUUUUCCAAUUUAGACAUUUUCAAUAAUUGCAUUUUUUAUUAAUUUACAUUACAGUAAAUAUAUUAUGUUUGUUUAAAACCUUCAAUUUAUAAUAAAGAAGAUCAAAAUUUACAUUCUACAUAUUAAAUUUUAUUCCGAUGUCAGGUAGACAUUAGUAACGUGUAAGUGAUGCUGAUAAAACAAAUCUAGUACUUAAACACUUUUAAAAUCAUGAAAGUCAUCUGAGACAAAAGACUUUGCCAUAAAGAUAUUAGUUUCUUCAAACAUCAUAAUAUAUGGUUAUAGUAUGUAUUUAUAAAAUUGCCAAACUAUGAAAAUUGCCUAUUAUCACAAAAAAGUGCCAUUAAUACAAAAUAAAUAAAGGAUACAUGUUACUUUUUUAUUAUAUUGGCUACAAUAGCACUACUUGGUUAAGUGCUGAUUUCAAAAUAUAGAUUUGUUACAAUAGAAUGUGACUGUAUUUUCAAAAAACAGCAGCUGCAGUCUGCUACAAGUUACGAAGAGGUAUUUUUUUAAAUAUGUAAUAUAUUUUUCUGUUGAGUUAACUUUAUACAGUGUUUGGUAAAAAAUUGCUAAUUUUAUUUGGUUAUGUAAAUUAAUUGCAGUUUUAUUUAGUGGUAGUUAAAGUUGUGCUGCUACAAUUAUACAUUUUGUUUUAUCAUAAGUUGGUUAUAAUUUUAUAAAUUCAGUAUUUUUAUGAGUAAAACUCUGUAUUUGUAGAAUAUUUGUUCAUUUUAACAUUGUCAUAUAAAGAUUUAUUGAAAAUAUAGAUUUGUUGUAGUUUUGAAUGCAUACAAA